AUGGCAUCUCAACAACACCCAGACCCGUCCUCUCGCGACGAAGCUAUCUACCAGAUGCGCAAACUGUUACCGGUAGAUACUAAUAACAUCAACAAUCCCAACUUCGUCCAGGAUACUGUGCAACGAGAUGCGGAGGAAACCCGAAUCAUCGUGCAUCACAAGUACCCGGCAUUAGUUGAGUCAUUUCUGGCCCAUAAGCGGCAACACGGCAGCAACGUGGAGAAGGCUCUUUAUGGGACUCCAGAUUCGUGGACCUGGCGGCAGCAAGUUGCUCGGUUGAUCGCGAAGCGGCCUCUGGUCUUCAUGGACCGCAAUGACUAUACCGUUUUGCGCAACGGCUACAGAGCUGGUGGGAUUCCUACAGAAUGGAACAGAGUCGGCACCGACGCUGAGGGAAGUAACAGCCAUGUCAAGCUAGCAGAGUACCUGAGUUAUGAUGAGAUGAUGUUGGGGAGCCUCCUCGGUGUCAGCGGCCCCAGCUAUUUCAUCAACAGUGGGAAGCGCUAUAACAAAGCAAGACCCGAUGCCCCGGGAACAUUCCAGGAUCGCGGAGUCAUUAUGGGACUGGUAGGGGCCCGCUUCGAGCGGUCAGAUCGGAUGGAUAGCGUGUUCAUGCAGCCAAAGGCCCCCAGCCCAAAUCAACACGAAGCACUGAGCGCCAUCUUCAUGGAGUUUUUUGGCGAGACUCGGAGGCCUUCCGAGCUGUUUGACGAGAGGAUGUACAAGGCGCGCAUGCGAAUCACCGUAGACAUUUUGCUUCUCGAAGCUAAUGACCGUGCCAAGCUGGACGGGCAGCGGAAGGCCUACGUCCAUGUCGUCGGGCUCGGAUUGGGUGUAUGGCAAGUUGAUAGCCGGCAGCCCCAAUACUACGUCGGGUGCUUCAACGAAGCGAUUCACGAAAUGGGACCAAAGCUCCAGAACAUCGGCACCCUUGACUUCUCCUGGGUGGAUGUCCCGACAGGUGUGCAGGCGCAGUUGGUACACACUGCCGCGCAACACGGUAUCGAGGUCAUUUUCUCGAAGCGUGAACCCGCGGCAAAGCUACCGCCACAGAAGCAGGACCAGCUCCUCGUACUCAGCUAUGCAUGGGAUGGGAAUGCAUUCCCCGGAAACGAGUACUGGGACCAUGCCUUGACUGGAAGUGGGGACCCCGCAGCUGCGUGCAUGUCGACCAUCAGUGAGCUUCACAACCCGAUCAUCAACCCGGAAUAUCUUCAGAGAAUCAAGAUUCUUAGUCCAUGA